AUGUCGCCGAGUUUCUUGGUGAUUUCACCGUCAAACUUGGCCUUCUUACUGGCGAUUUUGGACAAGUGCUUGUUGAAGUCGUCCUUCAACUUGCGCUCGUGGCCCGCAACCUUUCCACUGAUGACCUCCUGUCUCUUGAUCUCAUCUUCGUUUCGGGUCUUAGAAACCUCGUCGUUGAUGCUGGUCAAAACGGGAGCCACCCGCAAAGCUGCGAUUUCCAACAACUGUUUCUGGGUCAUCUUAAGACCACUGCCCAAGUCGAUGAUCUUGUUGGGGUCAUCAAUACGCUUGGACACGGAGCCGAUGGCGGCGGCGUUCAAUUCC